UCUCCCUAAUGCCUCUCUGUUCUGAGGCGCGUCUACCUGUCCGUCUACAACUGGGCCGUGUUCGUUGGCUGGGUUCAGGUUUUGUACUUCGCUGUCAGGACUCUGAGGGAAUCGAGCUAUAGAGAGGUUUACGAUGCUGUCGAGAAGCCUCUGCAGCUAGCUCAGACUGCAGCAGUCAUGGAGAUUCUGCAUGGCAUUGUUGGUUUGGUGAGGUCUCCGGUUUCGGCGACUUUGCCACAGAUCUCGUCGAGAUUGUAUGUGACCUGGGGCAUUCUAUGGAGUUUUCCUGAGACGAGGACACAUUUUCUGGUUAGCUCCUUGGUUAUCAGCUGGUCACUUACAGAGAUAAUUAGGUACAGUUUCUUUGGACUGAAGGAGGCGUUCGGAUCUGCACCAUCCUGGCUCUUAUGGCUAAGGUACAGCACCUUUUUGAUCUUAUACCCUUCUGGCAUCACAAGCGAGGUCGGCAUGAUAUAUAUAGCUCUGCCCUACAUCAAGGCCUCUGAAAAAUACUGCAUUCGGAUGCCAAACAAGUGGAACUUCUCUUUCGAUUACUUCUAUGCGGCUAUCAUUGCUCUUGGAAUUUAUGUCCCGGGGAGCCCACACAUGUAUACUUACAUGCUAGGGCAGCGAAAGAAGGCUCUUUCAAAGGCGAAGAUGGCAUGAAAUGUCAUGAAAGUAGGAAUAGUAAAUAUUUUUUUCUGUAUUAUUUGAAGAAUGCAUAGUUGUUAGAUGGUGGCUCUGCAUGAGUGGUUGUAUUGGUGUUCUCUAAUCCCUAAGAUAGUCUUCUUGUUAGCAAGGAGUGCUCUUGGUAUAGUUGUGAAUGUAUUCCUCUGAAAAAACAGAUCGUCGAUGUUUUAUGAUUUAUUGAUUAAAUGUGUUUGCUUUCAGCUGGGUGCUCA